AUGGCUAGUGGUGCAAUAAUUUUAGUUCUAAUGGUAUUACUGACUGUUAUUUUAAUGCGUUUCCUGGAAUCACGAUAUCAUGUAAUUUUCAGCCAGGUAGUGAACAUGACAUAUAUCCUCGUUGGUAGUAUGAUGGGAAUUAUUGUAGCUGCCAUCAUUGCUAACUCUGUGAUAUGCUUUUACAAAAGAAGAGAAAAUCUCGCCAUUCAAGAGCACGGCGUGGGCGGACAAGUUUUUGUAUUUGCUACUCAGAAAUCAGCAGCAGAUACUUCGAGCUACACAAGCAGUACCAACUUCACACAACACAGCAACCUUGCACCACAAAUCCCGGCGUGUCCGUCUUGCCAGUGCAGUAAUGUACCAUAUGUACCCCAGCAAAAAAACAUUAGUCCUACUAUUAAUCAUAAGGACAUUCGCAGCUGCACUCAAAUAGAAAAUCAAAUGGACAGAGAAAUAACUGUCCAUUCACCGCGACCAGAUGUCUUUGUAGAUACUAGCCCUACGGUUGUCGCCGUCGAUGUACAUAACAACAUUGAAAAAGUCGAAAUACCGUCGGGGAACUCAGGUCAAUUGGAAAGUGAUUGUUAA